CCGUUCUUAUUCAAUAUUGGAUUCUUUCAUAAAAUAAGCUGUAAUUUCUCCAGACGAGAGCUAACUUUGGUGCUUAAGAAAUGUAACUAGUUAAAGUAAUAGAGUGGUUUUCAAAAUUCUGCGCAACAAAAUCUAGUUAAAGUGUAUUAGUCAAGCCAGAACAAAAGAGAACAUUCCAGACAGACAUUCCAGUGUAUUAGUGCUAAAUUAACUAGAUAGUAUUUCACAGGAUUUUGAAAACCACUCUAUCUUGGAACUUUUUCUUAAGAAAUCUUUGUGAGUUGUCUUUCCCAAAGCUCCCUGUUUCCAUUGUUAAAUUCUUCCAACAAUAUGAUCAGAGUGUUAGUAAAAGAUAGUUAGCAGCAUUUCACCUUCGUUAAAGCGUGGAUAACUUUUUCUUUUCCUAAGAUUUCAAAACAUUACGCAAGCUAAAAUUAUGCUGGUAUAACAAAGCAUAUUCGACUGGGCACCUUUCUGACUCUCCCGCCUCGCCUUGUACCUAGACUUAAAAACUUUGCUGUUAAUUGCGUUUGCAAAAGUUUAUAAAAAAAAGACAAUCAGAAAAUUCUAAUAUUUCAUACUGUACAGUUUUCCAGAGCUUAGUUAUAACAGCGGGAAAAAAGCUUUGUUCUGACUAUAAUAAAAAAAAAAAAGAACUGUGAACAGCGAUAAUUGACACUUGGCACUUCAUUAUGGGUCAAUGAAUUGUCUCAACUGCUUUGCAUGUUUGUAUUAGUUCACUGAGAAACAAGACUUUUGUUUACUUCUGUUGUCGCACGGACACAUCAACCAGUCCUCUCCGAGUCCGAGUUUUUUAAAAUUCUUUGGUUUUGUUUUGUUUUUGGUACUGCAAAAAUACCUGUUUUACCAAAAAGAACGUCUCUACAAUAUUUAGUCAAAAACGGAAAUAUUUUUCGUAAAGAAACCCGUUGUUCGUUGCGAGUUGAAUUAGGAUGGAGAUCUCAUCGGAAGAAGAUCACAUUCAUGAGCUAGCGCCUCUUCCAGUCGAAUACCCCAAGAACUACACUCGAAGACGCGAUGACAGCAGUCACAGUACUAUGAGAAGAAGCAGUACUGAUCGUUCAUUCGGUUCAUACUCGACUGUUACUCGUGGUCGCCGAAUGAGUAUCGUCGUGCAGCCGUCGACUCGCCUAAUGCGCCGAGGAUCUUCAGUUGCAGCAGCAGGGCUUAACGGGAAAAGUGGUGGCACCUUGAUUACUCUGAGUCGUAGACGUAGUAGCCGCGGAAGAGUGAAAGAGAUAAAGGUUUUUCAGCCUUUGGAGCACUUUAGACAUAUCAUAAGAGUUGUUCGUACCAUCUUACGAGUCGCCAAAGCCCUUAAAAGCGACCCUAAGCGCGAUUUGGGUGACGGGAUAUGCAAGUCGUUUCUCGAGAUGAUGGAGGGCUACAUGAUGAUGAAAAACAAAGCGUUUGUCACCAGUCUUCCCGGGGACUCAUUGCCGACAGGGCCUCUGCUAUUUGACCCGACUCUUUUCAAGGCCAACAGAGAGAUUCAAAUAAGUAAAGAGGUGAAAAGUAUACUUAGUCUUCGACCAGAAGAAAGAAACACAGAACAGCUACAAACGGUGCUGUACGCAUUGCAGACCAUGUCUUCGUUUGCAGAGCUCCCCCUUCAUAUGCAGGAGUCCGUCUGUAAAGUCGCCUGGCAUCAAAGCCUGCCAGCCAACAAAAUAAUCGUCAAGCAAGGUCACCUUGCAGAGAACUUCUACUUCAUAAUGUCCGGUUCAGUGACCGUUGUAUCAGAAAACGAUCCUACGUCGGGCCAAGUGUUUGCUUCGGUGGCAACACUAAGGCGAGGAGCAAGCUUUGGGGACCUCGCAAUACUUAAAAACUGCACGCGCACCGCUACUGUUGUCAGCAAAGACCCGAUUCACCUGCUUGUAAUCAGUAGAGAGGACUACCAGCGUAUCUUUAUGGGUCGUAGUCAGGAUGGUAUGGAGCCGAGUCAUAUCAAAUUUUGCAGGACGCUAGAUUUCUUAAUAGACUUCCCUGUUGACAUGCUGAUCGACAAGCCUUCAAACUGCAUGUUCCAUUAUUUCAGAAGGGGGACUGUUAUCGUGAAGGAUAGUCACAUAUCUGAAUGGGUCUACAUCGUGGUGUCAGGUACAUGUGAGGUGAUGAUGGAACUAGAGUCAGCCACACCUAGGCUGAAGGGAAAGCAGCUGAAUGGUACAGUCCCAAAAGUCGAGAUGCUGGCCUACCUUACAGAAGAUCGAUUUGCGAAGAGUCGAUACGUGUUUAGGCCAAACAAGAAUAACAAAAAUUUACAAAAUAACAUAUCUAAAGGUCGCAGUUGUUUCUCCCACAUUAAUACACGCCAUAGCAGCAUGUCCUCCGUCACGCCCAGACGGGAAGUUCGCUCGGCAUCAGUCGAGUCAUUACGCUCUAGAGUGAGCAAUAGCAAAUCUAUAUCGCUAUCUGACAGCAGCGACACCAGCAGACAACGAGCGACGACGUUACCACCUGUGUUCCCUGUAGUUGAUAAUCUAGUUGGGGGAAUGCAGGGCAAGCAUUCCAAGAAACCGGUCUUUGUUCAGAUUGACGUACUGCACCCAAGAAACACAUUUGGGUUUGCAAACCUUGACUUUGAAGAUACGUGCGAGGAGAAUAAGUCGGCGGUGGUGAGCUUGGUCAGUCGAGGCGCCGAGUGUAUCAUGAUUUCCAAGAAGUUUUUUAUGGCGCACGCAGGUGAUCUCACCAAGAAAUGGAUAAGACACAAUAUAUGCCCAUACCCCUCGCAAGAGAUCCUACAAAGAAAUCUCCAGCAAAAGGUGAACUGGAACGCGUACAAGCAGGAGGUCAUCUCAAACUUUGUAUCAAAUAAAAUAUCGACACAGGGCUAGAUAGGAAAUUAAUGAAUAGAGAUAAACAAAUUUAUAGAAAUUACAGGAAUUAUCGCGACUGAUACCCGUCGCUUUUCGAAUCAUUCUCGAACUUUUGUUGUCGUUUUUUGAAAUAUUUCGCGCACAUGGUUUCAGAUCGAAUACCGUACAAGGUACGCAUAGCGCAGAUAUUUCUACGUCUAUCGGGAACGUCCAGAUAGAAUGAAUGAAUAAUUAUCUUUUGUAUAUUGGAGCGUAGCUAGGAUUCAAUGAGGGGGGGGGGGGGGGGGGGGAGGAGGUGGGAGCGUGCAGAUUUAGAUAUUUUGUGAAAAUGUCUCCAACCUGUGAUUCUAGCGCACCCCAAGCUAAGCACCUGGGCAAUUGUCAUUGAAAUGAUUAUACAGAAAAUAUUUAUUGAUUAUAGUAUGUUUCUUUUCGUUGUCACGAAAUUGCUGUAAAUGAGUUCAUAAGAAAAUAAAUUGAUAAUUUUCGUUUGUAUGA